CAUUAGAAAGCAAUCGGGUUCUUCGAUUGAUAUUAUUCAAAUUGUCCAAAGAAUAGUGUUCAAUGCGAAUGUUUCGAGGUCUAUCAUCGUCCGACCGACUGGAGACGUCACAUUCAUAUAUUUACAUAUCGACCGGCUGCGCCGUCUGGACUUCUUGGAGGCCUGCUGAAGCUUUUAAUGAAUGUGCAUAUCUAAAUUCGCAAAAAUGUAACAUUGGCAUUUCGAAACAGUGUCAUCAGAUAUUGUGUAAUUCAACCCCAAAGAAAUCUUCGCAUAAAACUUGUUUUCGUCGGCUGUAAUAAAAUUCAAAUAUCGAUCCGCGCAUCAUCCGACAUUUAUCGUGCUAUAUUGCCAUACCUACCUACAUAUUCAAGGCAAGGAAAGAAGUUUGACAUGUGUCGUACGAUGGGAAAAUACAUCACCCCAGGAGGGACGGUGCUGUGCUGGAGGCAGGAACGGCAAACUGAAUGAAGCAAUAUCUUCCGCAAACAACACAGCGUGCUUCUGGUUUCAAUUUUCUUCGGUAUCGUUUUUUUACGGUGCGCCUCGUGUUAAAGAGGGAUUAAAGAGCGAGCAAAUAGCCUUGAAGUCAGACACCAUCGAAGCAAACCACGAGAGAAUUAGACAGUUAAGCCAUGGCUUCGUUAACUCAGCAACACAACCGACCUGAUGACGGAAAUUACUUGAAUAAUUUCAAGAACCUCCUCGGGCCCGGCAUGAGUGAUUUGACCGAUAUGACCAAACGCUAUGGACCAGCUUUCCCGUUCCCGAAGGAUCGCCACGUGACUCCGGCCGAGCUAAAGCGGCUAGUGAUGGCCAGCGAGCGGAUACAGACUGUGAUUGAGAGGGAAUCGGAGGGAGAUGCGAAAAAGAAGACGGAGAUUAUUAACAACAUUAAGGCGAUUCUGGACGAGAUUGGGUUGGAUGAAAGUUUACCCGUCAUUCGAACGCUGGGUACAAUUCUUAACUUCAUAUUCGGUCGGAUACUGACCGGGCUGCACGUGAACGAGACCAAACUGCAACAGCUGAAAUCAAAAUUCGGGAAUCAAGCCGUGCUGUAUCUGCCGUCUCACCGAAGCUAUGGGGACUUCAUCUUGAUGUCCUAUGUGUCGUUCUGUUACAACAUAGCCAUCCCGGGGAUCGCCGCCGGAAUGGACUUCCAUUCGAUGGCCUUCAUGGGAAGUGUACUGCGCAACACAGGUGCCUUCUAUAUGCGGCGCACUUUCGGCAACGACGCCAUCUACUGGACCGUUUUCAAGGAGUACAUGCGACAGUUAGUGCGGGUGUUUGACAACGGAGUGGAAUUUUUCGUCGAGGGAACGCGGAGUCGAAGCAAUAAGGCGCUGGCGCCAAAAAUAGGGCUGCUCUCGAUGGCACUGGAACCACUGUUCAUGGGAGAAAUCCCUGAUGUAUUGGUCGUACCAGUCAGCGUGUCCUACGAUAGACCACUUGAAGAACAACUGUUCGUUUAUGAGCUGAUUGGAGUUCCCAAGCCUAAGGAGUCAACCAAAGGACUACUGAAAGCCAUGAGCAUCCUCAAGGAAAACUAUGGGUCCAUCUAUUUUGAGUUUGGAGAACCGAUUUCAGUGAAAGAAUACUUUGGGAAGGAGCUCAAUCGAUUCCAACAUGCAGUUAAUCCAAGUCACGUGCAGACCCUAUCGAAAUCUGAACUCGGUAUGAUCCAGAAUCUCGCAUUCGAUGUGGUUCAUCUCCAGCAGCAGAAAAUCGUUCUGACCACAUUCCACCUGAUAUCGAUCUACUAUAACUAUAAGAAGUACCUUGGACAAUCGAUUACCCUACCCGAACUGAUUGAGGGUCUCAGCAAUCUACUGGACAUCUUCAAAGACCUCGGAGCGGUAACCACGGUUCAGAAGACCGGCAAUCCAGAACUAGAUCACCACCUGAUACGAACGAGUGUUCGAGAGGCCCUAGCCGUGCAUCGAAACAUCCUCCAGCUGACUCGAGAUGAGGUGCUGACCAUAGCAAAAUCGCAACACGACUUCAGUCAGGUGGACAAACUAAAACUCAAAGGUCACAACCUUUCGGAUAUGGUUAUGAAACUCUCGGUGCCAAUUUUCACUCUCCAGCUGUACUGCAAUCCGUGUCUCCAUUGGUUGGCCCAGCCGGCGUUAGUAUUACUCGUUGUCAAACAUCUGUCCCGAAGUGGACUGGUGCGGAUGGGCAGCUUGCAGCAAGUCGUUGGCGAACUGAGAAAUCUUUUCGCCGGUGAGUUUGUCUUCCACUCGAGGCGAGAGCAGCGAGAUUUUGACCAGGCCGUUAGACAUCUAGUUGAGUUCGGUUUGCUGGAGCGAACGACCGACGAAGAGGCCUUCCGAUUGGUGGGAAGCGGAGAGAGUGAAUACGUCUAUCUCAGCCUGAUUGGACCAUUCCUAUGUUGCUACUUGCAAGUUACUACCGUACUUAUGAAUCAGUUCUUCAACGCUUCCUUCAAGGAGAAAGAUUAUCUAGCAAAAGUGCAAGAGUUGGUGGAGCAGCUUCUCAUCCGAAAAGAACGGAAUGUUCAUCCGUACUGCUUAUCGCUGGACAGUAUCAAUCUGGCGCUUCAUUCCCUAGUCAGCCUCGGUGUCAUCAGCAAAUCGAAAGAAAACAACGCCACCAUCUUUACGGCUGACCCAAUCCGGGUUCGGACGCUGAACGGCACGCUCCGGUCGUACUGCGAUCUGCUCCCAUUCGAGUACCUCACAUUCCAGGGGGCCGUCACCGAGGCCAAGUUGUAGAAUUUGCUUUCCUGGCCAGCCGAUCUGGUGACUCGGGUGCUCGCCCCUCCGAGGAACUUCUUUCAGCUGGUCCGGCUACUGCUGACGGUGGCGUUGCGAGUGCUGCACACUGUUCUACGCUUCGGACGGCUCAUAGGUCUCAAGGUGUUGGAGAUGGUGCUGCCGCCACCUGCCGAUCGCAGGAUGUAGUAAUAGUUACCCACCAACUGAAGGUGCUAUCCUUAUGAUGUGGUGCCAGAAUUUUCAGUCGGAAGCUGCAAUAUUGCAAACCAGUCAGACAUAAUGUUUAAGCUAAAUAAUUUGAUAAAGUUUCUUAGCAUAGGACGUAACAAUUAACUGUGGGUAUUAGAGCAGUUUUUUUACGAAUUGGUACCUACUCAAUAGUAUUAAGUAGAAAACAUGCAUGCAUCUGUGUUAAAAGUUAUUGUGUUGUGGGUUUAAAUACUUGUACUGUGCUUGUACGGGAGACUGUGUCAUAAAUAAUAAAAUAAAUUGUUUCAAUUCUUUUGUACUAAUGCGUUUCGUUUUUUUGUCGUUAGAAACCGCGUGCUACGAAAGUACUACCUAUUAUUGUAUGUAUUUAUUUGAUAGUUGAUACUAUGCGUGAAGCUUCGAUUUCUUCACAUUGCAAAGCGUAGGGAGUCAAUUUUCAAAUGCUUCUAAAAAAUUCAAAACAUAAUUUAAUUAAAUUCUGUUAAGUGUACGGGGUUUGAUUUGUAAUAAGCUAUAGAAUCCGCAUAAUAUUGAGGAAAAAUAUAAAAAACAAAAUAAUAUGUCUAUCAUGGAGCCCAUCAAAAGCCUAUCAACAUGUACUGAAAAAAA